AUGAUGAAGUUUGACCUUCCGAAGGAUGUUGUAGAGGAAAUACUCUCUAGGGUUCCAGCCAAAUCUCUCAAACGAUUAAGAUCUACUUGCAAACUAUGGAACUCUUUAUUCACAGACAAAGGAUUCACCGAGAAGCACUGUCGUAACGCUCCAAAGCAGUCCCUGGUUCUCAUGCUGAAGGAACUUAGAGUUGGACUCAACACCGGUGCUUCACAUGUAGAUUUUAAAGGUGCACUUGCCCUAGAAGAUUCUCAUUCUAAUCCACAACAAGUCGAUAUAUCUACCGUUUUUCACUGUGACAGUUUGUUGUUAUGCACCACCAGAAACAAUAGACGACACGUGGUGGUUUGGAAUCCGUGUUUGGGGGAAACUAAAUGGAUCCAACUCAAAACUUGUGACCCGGGGUACCAUAGUUUCGCUCUAGGUUACGAAAACAACCAAUCUUGCCGUAGCUACAAAAUCUUGAGGUGGUACUAUCAUGGCGACAGAGUUGUUGUGCUUGAAAUGUAUGACUUUGGUUCUGAUUCUUGGAGGAAUCUUGAUCUCGGGGCUCUCAACUGCUGCAUACAACAAAAUGACGUGUCUUUCAAGGGAGAUACUUACUGGCUUGCUAGGAUAGACUCUAAAAGUGAUUUGUUACUAGUAAGUUUUGAUUUUACAAGUGAGAGUUUUAGACGUCUGUGUCUUCCGGCGUUUCAAGAUCCUGGUUGGAUGAGUCUAUCAGUAGUUAGAGAAGAAAGACUCUUAGUGUUACAUCGGAACUUUGGUGCAUCAAAGAUCGAGAUGUGGGUGGCCAAUGAAAUUGAUACUGAAGCCGUUCGGUGGAGCAAAUGUUUUACAAUGGAUAUGGUGGCGCCCAUUCACAGUUAUCCUUCUCGUUUUCCCAUGAGAUUUCUGUUCGACGAGGAGAAGAAAGUGGCUGUGUGCUGUGAUGGAUAUGUAGAGGGCUCGAAGGUGAUAUACACUAUUCAAAAAUAUUACACAGAAGCCCCUUUUGUAGAAACUACACAAGUAUCAUGUUGCCCAUUUAUUUUCAGUUAUGUGCCAAGUUUGGUUCAAAUCCCAGAAAAGGAGAGGGAAAAGAAAAGAAUAAACUAG